UCUCCUUGAUCAUAGCAUAAUCUCAAUAAUCUUGUCUUUUCGAAUUCAUGAACCCGAAUGUGUGGAUGAUAAAACCAACCAGUGUUGUUUUUCACUUUCACUUGCAGUUCUAGUUCUAGCAGAACAGAGAGGUUAGCAUAGACAUAGUACGAUAAUGUUUCGUGGCAGAGGAGGCAUGGGGCGUGGACGAGGCACGCUUACUGUUGCUGGUAGAACUAUGACAAGGACAAGGACAAGGGUUGAUGUUGGUGUUGGUGGCAGAGGCUGUGACAGUGGGAAACAAAACCCUUUCUCAUCCUCCAUUGUUUCUUCUAGGCAUACCCUCUCACCCAUAUCAUUAAACUCUUCUUCAUUGUCUUCUUCUACUGAUAACAAUCCCUUGUCUGGGUUAUCAAUUUCUGACUGGGUUUCUGUUCCUUCUGAGAAUGAGGUUGAAGAUGCUGUCUCUACCCUACAACAGGUGUUUGGAAAUGAAUUAGAUUGUGUCCGAAUUUCUGAUUUAGUCAACCAAGUUUCUUCGGAUGUAUCAGAGACAGACUGGACAGAACCAUCUUUGUUUACUUAUAAUUCAAGAGUGCUACAAUUUAAUGGAUCUGAUAGAGUUUAUUAUGCGAUUCAUUUAUUGCAGACUGAUCCAUCCGUUCAGAGAAUUGUCAAAUCAUUAUCUUCUGACAAAGCUGUUUGGGAUGCUAUUCUGAACAAUGAAGUUGUACGGGAACUUAGGGAGUCAAUAUCUGCAGAUGAAGUGCAUGUUCUUCCAGAUGGGACUGCUCACAGUGACUCCCUUACUACAAGAAAUGUGGGGUCGAUGUUUGUUACUGUCAAAGCCAAAUUCAUGGAAGUAAUUGAGAAAAUUACCAAGAUUGUGAACCAGUUGUUUCAACAUACUUAUCAGAAGAUAGGUGGAGGUGGAAAUGGCUCUGACUCUGAUAACCUCAAAGAGAAGCUGAAAGCUUGUUUAAUGCUUACCAUUAUGGUCCUGUUGGUUGCCAUGGUGAACCGUGCCAAUAGCUAGGGCAUGACAGAAUUUGCCUACAUAACAAGAAUUCUCUUCGACUCUCGGAAGAUUAAUUUGUACUGCAAAACUUAUGGAUGCUUUGUUUUUUGUCGUUUUGCUUCUUCUUAGACAAAGAAAUUUAUGAUUAAGCUAUCAUAUGGUGGAUGAGUUUUGGAUGCUUUGUUUUAU